AGGUGCUUUACGGUAGCGGCAGCGGCCUUUCCUCCGAAGAGGUCGUUGGAGGCGCUUUUCCGCUCUCGCCGCGAGGCCGGGCAGCACGAGCCGCGGGCGGCGUGGGGGCCGAGAGAGGAGGAGGAGGAAGGGGAAGAAAAAGAGCUGCCAGCGCUGCUGAGGGGAGAGGGCGGCUGAGGCCUCCCCCCAGCGCUCGGUCUCCAUGGAGGGGGGCGCCGGGAAUUCGAAGGGCUCCGGCCUUGGAGGCCUGUUCGGCGCCGGAGGGGUUGGCGGGCCGGGCUACUCCCAGGCGGAUCUGGCAGGAGUCCCUCUGACUGGGAUGAGCCCUUUGUCUCCAUAUUUAAAUGUGGAUCCUAGGUAUCUUAUACAGGACACAGAUGAAUUUAUCUUACCUACUGGUGCUAGCAAAACUAGGGGCAGAUUUGAGCUGGCAUUCUUUACAAUUGGAGGAUGUUGCAUGACAGGAGCUGCGUUUGGUGCACUGAAUGGCCUGCGGCUGGGUCUGAAGGAAACGCAAAGCAUGGCUUGGUCCAAACCUAGAAAUGUACAGAUUUUAAAUAUGGUGACAAGGCAAGGGGCAUUAUGGGCCAACACUCUUGGAUCUCUAGCACUGCUGUAUAGCGCAUUUGGAGUUGUCAUAGAGAAAACACGAGGUGCCGAAGAUGACCUGAACACAGUAGCUGCUGGGACCAUGACAGGAAUGCUGUAUAAAAGCACAGGUGGUCUGCGGGGGAUAGCACGAGGUGGCAUUGCAGGACUCAUGCUCACAAGCCUCUAUGCACUCUAUAACAACUGGGAGCACAUGAAGGGCUCAGUACAGCGACAGUCCCUCUAAAUGGAGUGAACUCCACCCACGUAGUGCAAUCAGACUUUUGUCCCUUCAAUAGAGCAUGGAGAAGAAUGGAAACUCUUGUAGACUACAGAAUCUCACUGUGAAGACUUGGUUACCAGGACUGGCACAUUCUUUCCACUGUCAGACUGCGAUAAGUGCUGUUUUAUCUGUGAGGGAGUGGAGCAAUUGUCUACUUCAAGAACUUGUCUCUGGUGCAUGUUCACUUUUGCCUGGGCCCGAGUUAUUGUACUUUGGCUCAGGUCAUGUCAGUCAUCUGUGCUGUGCUAUAAAAUUUGUGUACUGGUUCCAUCGAUUCCAAUAAAGCUUGUGUCCCUAAA